ACCUCUAAAAAGAAUAGCGCACCGCACUCUCACGCACACCCACACCGCCUGUAAAGUACAUGUAAGCCCCACACAUCUCAAGCCCAGCAUGACGACUCACGGGGCUAGGAUUUUGGGCGAUAGCGGUGCGUUGAAUAGCGGUGUGUGUGGGACUGUUGAAACGAUCGUUUAUGUGCUUCCUUGUUAAAGACAGUCGGGGGACCGGAACAGGAGUUGCAUUGCAUUCGGGCAUCGCAUUCGUGCGAUUUUUAGCUUUUGGCAAACCAUAUUACACAGCCUUGAUCAAGGCUAAGUUGCUAGUCAAGAAGAAGGACAAGUAGAAAUCAUCCUGUUGUAUCAUAGCUUUUGUGAACAGAACCACUUUAUGUGAAUAUAAGCCGUCGGAAAGGAAGGUCCGCUAGCUUACAACGUGGAAGGACCUCUUUACCAAUAGCAUCGCUGAUUCAGGCUCACGGUUGGAUCGAAUCACCAUGGUGGGAAGAACGAAGUGGGCUGCAGUCGUAAUUGCAGUUUGCUCUAUCUUGUUUUGGCUGCGUAUUGGCAUUAAUCAGAAAUGGCAGAUAAUUAACGCUACCAAAAAAACAAAACCAAUGUCAGUGUUUCGUUCGGAAAAUGGGAUGAACCAAGCAAACUGGGCCCCAAACCAGCCUGAUCCCGCAGUUAGAAACUGGACCUCAAACCAACCUGAUCCCGCAGUUAGAAACUGGACCUCAAACCAACCUGAUCCCGCAGUUACAAACGGUCAUAGCGUGACACUGACCAUCCACCUUGCAGCGACUCCUGUCAUACUUAAUCAGCUUUACUGCAUUGCAAUACGAUCAGCAGCACUUUUCUGGUCUCCGAAAUUAGGACGCAUAGGACUUAUAAUGGACGCAGAGUCACAGAGAGACCAUGAGUUUGCCGCACGACUCAAAGCACAAGAGGAACUACUUGGGUUUACCUUCGAGAUAAUGUAUCAGCCGCUACCGCCAUCGGGGUUCAGCUACUUUACCUCCAUGGGUCACUUCCCUGGGAGGUCAGCUAGUUACAACAGGCAACUUUGGAAUAGCUUCUUCAUGGACGAGUACGUCACUACAUCAAUUGUGGCGUGGACGGACGGCGAUGUAAUGUUCACCUCCCCAGUCAUUCCGGAAAGCAUCCUCAACGGUGACAAAAUCCGAAUCUUUGCCGAGCCUGCCUUCUUUCAUAGUAAACCUGCUGAAUCCACUGCGUUUAUUGCUCUUGGGAAGAAGGCGGUUGCUACGUUCACGUGUUUUCCUCUGUACCUGUGGCGGGACACCAUAACGAACUGCCGGAAUCACAUUCUAAAACACAUGAAGGUAAAAGAGUUCGAGGAAGCAUUCGUCAAGUUCCGUGGAUACCAGUCCUUCCCUGUAAAUAUCUUGUUCUCGUACGCAUUUUACUUCGAGCAUGAUCGUUACGAUUGGCACUUUCGGCUCCCACCAACAAUGUCUCUGCAACAGUACAACAAGGAGUUUGUGUCGCCAGGUUUUGGCUUUGAAAUAACCGACUUAACACCAGUAGCGUGCAACACUAAGCACAAACCCUACUACAAUCCUAAGCGUAUAAUUAGUCAUUUACAGGGUCACUGUACGGCUAUGCACUACAUUGGUAAACGACCUGAACAAUGUGAACAAUUUCGAGGUAAAACGGACUUUCAGGUUUUCGAACCAAGACGGUUAGGGAAACAUAAGAUUGCCCAGUGGUGUGAAGGGGCAAUCAAAAACCGGGCAGCAUGUGCCGCAGUCAGUGAUGCUUAUUAUAAGAAUGUUGCAAAACACGUCCAAUUUGGACUCAAUAACUUUGAUCUAAACAAAGUUAAAAAUGUUGAAAAGGCCGCCAUGGAAAUGAAUCUUACUUGCCGCAAGUUUGAAUAGUUAAAUUAGAAAAGUUAAAAAGACUGGUCUUUGACAAAUUACCAUACGUGUAUAUUCCCUACUUUUUAAAAUCCCUUUUGCAGCCAUUAUACACUUUCGGAACAGGUUUACAAAUAACUUAAAGGGUUUAUAGAAGGUAUUUGUGAAAGACU